AUGCCGCCGUCGGGGGCUUGGCUUAACCGCCCGGCCCAGAGGAAGGACACCUCUCAGAUAAAAAACCACCAAUCCCAAGUUUGGGGAGCGCGGCGAGGGGAUGAAUGGCCGUUGGGUGAACGGUCCGAGCGACGGAUCGCGGACGGCUUCGCCCGUGACCGGCGCUCCGAGAGGAAAAUUCUUCCGCGCAAGGGGGGAACGUCUGACUCGGACGAGAGUGGGAGUGAGACAGUUACCUCCCUGAGAUCGGAAGAAGACGAAGAAAGAGAGAGGCGACGCUUCCGGAAGAGGAGGGGAAGCGAAGAGAGCGGAACAGGCUCUGACAAGGGCGCGGCGAAGCCCACCCAAGCGGGGCAGGGGAAGGCCGCCUACGACAGGGCAAUACGUCGGUCUGCACCAGGCGCAGAAGGAGAAGCUCGCCGAGGAGCGCAGGGUUCAGCGCCUGGCGGAGCAAGCCGAAGCAGACCGCAAAUCGCCGAAAUGACGAGGAGUUACCGGAGCUACGGUCCCACCGGCUCUCGCCACAAAGGAGAUCCAGGAGUCUACGGCGGCCUUGCUAAGUCGCACGAAAACUUCAGAGACAAGGGCUCUAGAGGCAGCAAACGCCCGCCUCUCCAAAGAUUAGCCGAACUGAGGGCUGAACUCGCAGCUGUAAAGCGCGAGUGCGAGGCUGAACGCGCGAUUGGAGUCGCUGGAGUCCAGGCUCCUGCCCGCGCCACGUCUCCGCCCUCCCCUUGCCUCAGACGGAAAGGAGACGGCUGCCCAGGCACGCAGCCAGCUGUGCCAAGGCCCCGACAAAAGACUCCAGACCCGGAAGCCGCGGUGACGACUCUGUCGCCUCCCGCGAACCCCGGCCCGGCGGAGAAGAGGAGGAAGAAACGAAGACAUCCGCCGCAGCUACGGAAGCGGCAGCCGCCAGGAAGUGGCUCUAAACAACCGAGGACGGCCAAAGCCCCCGCCGCUAGUGAAUGGACCAAAGUUCCAGGCACGAAGGAAGCCAAGGGGCAAAAGAAAGAGCAGAGUCAGCGCCAGCGAAGAAAGGGGAAAGAAGAGAAACCUGCGAGCCCCCAAAUCCGCGGCGGUGGUGAUCACCCUGCAGCCGGGUGCCACAGACCGGGGCGUCUCAUACAAGGACGUCCUGGAAGGGCAAAGAAAGGGUUGAUCUGGCGGCCUUUGACAUAUCGGCUGUCAAAUUUAGAGUGGCCGUGA